ACAUGCGCACAGAGUCCGGAAGGCUACGGAAGCAGUAAGAUAGUCCCUCGGCCGCCGCCCUGGGGCGACGCGGUGCGUUGCCGUGGACACGGGCAUGGCUGGAUGGAGUGGGGCGCGGUCAGAUGAACUGACCCUGCUGCGCCACGGGGACUGCAGUGGCCCUGGCUUGCUGGCAAGGCGGGCAACCAGUUGAGCCAGGGUGGGGCUGCUCAGGAGCGCGGAACCGAGGCCAGGAUUUCGCUGAAGACCCGGCACAGGUGUUUCCUUUCUGCGACAAGACACCAUUGCUAUGGAAACCAAAGCGCUAGGCCAGCCGGGAUUGAGGCUUCGGGAUCCUAACUGGUCUCCCUCCCGAAGACCCUUGCCGAGGCUUCGCGGAGCGGCUACUUCCUGAACGAACCCGCGCAUCCUACGGAGGGAGAAAGUUUUCCGUGGACACAGCCUAGCAGAAAGACACAGCCUUCAUGCUUCACUGAUUGCCGACCUACCGCCUUGAUGACAGCACCCUUGUGUGCCUUCCCGGUUCAGUUCCCGCAGCCCUCAGUCAGCGGCCUCUCACAGAUAACCAAAAGCCUGUAUAUCAGCAAUGGUGCCGCCGCCAACAACAAGCUCAUGCUGUCUAGCAACCAGAUCACCAUGGUCAUCAAUGUCUCAGUGGAGGUCGUGAACACCUUAUAUGAGGAUAUCCAGUACAUGCAGGUACCUGUGGCUGACACCCCUAACUCACGUCUCUGUGACUUCUUUGACCCUAUUGCUGACCACAUCCACAGUGUGGAGAUGAAGCAGGGCCGUACUCUGCUGCACUGUGCAGCCGGUGUGAGCCGCUCAGCCGCCCUGUGCCUCGCCUACCUCAUGAAGUACCACGCCAUGUCCCUGCUGGACGCCCACACAUGGACCAAGUCAUGCCGGCCCAUCAUCCGACCCAACAGUGGCUUUUGGGAGCAGCUCAUCCACUAUGAGUUUCAGUUGUUUGGCAAGAACACUGUGCACAUGGUCAGUUCCCCAAUGGGAGUGAUUCCUGACAUCUAUGAGAAGGAAGUCCGUUUGAUGAUCCCACUGUGAGCCAUCCCACCAGCCCCAGCACUGGAGUCAGAGGUACAGAUCUGCUGCUGAUCCUACACCAAGAUCCAAACUUGAACUUUCUACUUUUGUUGAUACACAAGAAAACAGAUGAUGCCUUUUAUGAGCACAAGAAAAUAGUUGCAGUAGCUUUUAACUUUAUAAUCCAUUUUUUAAAAGAUUAAACUCACUAAUUUUGAGAUGGUGAAAA